AUGAGUGACCCUGCUAGGAGACGGUUUGGGAGAUCAUGGGAUGCUUCUUACGGUGUUGCCGUAAAGCAAUAUCUAUCUAUCUAUCUAUCUAUCUAUCUAUCUAUCUAUCUAUCUAUCUAUCUAUCUAUCUAUCUCAGUGAGUUUCAAUCUAUCUAUCUCAGUGAGUUUCUCUCUAUCUAUCUCAGUGAGUUUCUAUCUAUCUAUCUAUCUAUGCCUAUUUUUAUGUCUAUUGCAGUCUGCUCCAUAUCUAUCUAUCUAUCUAUCUAUCUAUCUAUCUAUCUAUCUAUCUCAGUGAUUUUCAAUCUAUCUAUCUAUCUAUCUAUCUAUCUAUCUCAUCUCAGUGAGUUUCAAACUAUCUAUCUAUCUAUCUAUCUAUCUAUCUAUCUAUCUAUCUAUCUAUCUAUGCCUAUUUUUAUAUGUCUAUUGCAGUCUGCUCAUGAUCUAUCUAUCUAUCUAUCUAUCUAUCUAUCUAUCUAUCUAUCUAUCUAA